GGAGUUGGAGGACCCCGCGGUGCACAUGCCAACCUUACACUGGCGUCUGAUCGUUUCGCUGAAAACUUGUGGAUAGAAACGUUGUUUACACAUUAAACAGACAUGUCGUGUUUUGGUGGUGAUCCCAACUUCUGCCCAGAAUGUGGAAAUGUUCUUCCUCUCCCAGGAAUACAGGACACAGUGCGCUGCCCUCGUUGCUCCUUCUGCAUCCCAGUAGCAGAGUUCUCAGGUCAGGAGAUCCACUCAACUAUCAUCUUCAACCCUGUGGAGCAGUCGUCGAUGUCACUGGAGGACUCUGAACUGAAGGGACCUGUGAUUGACAGACGCUGCUCUCAGUGCAAUAAAGAGGGGAUGGUUUACCACACCAGGCAGAUGAGAUCUGCAGAUGAAGGACAGACUGUCUUCUUCACCUGUAUACACUGCAGGUAUCAAGAGAAGGAGGACUCUUGAGAAAAACUCAAACACACCUUCUCCAUUCUUCUCCGUGUUCCUGCUUUCAUGUCUGCCAGCACUGCUUUCAGAUGUUUGGAUGCUUUCUCCGUACAUGUACUGUAAAUACGACAUCUGAGCCUUUUCCUUUGGAUUCUCAGGCUGUGCACUGCAGGGCAUCUCACUUACUGAUCUUCAACUAUUAUCACCCAUUUGCCAUUUUUUUGCCAGAUCUUUUCACAGUCUCUGUCAGUGGAUGGAGUUCACUCAGUUUUCACAGAAGUUUUGUCACUAUUGAUCUGCUGAUGCUGCUGUGAGAAACAGUUGAAACAGCAGAAAAAGAUUUCUUUCUGUUAAACUGCAGUUUCCUAAGUCAAGAAUAUGCCUAACACUGAAUAUGUUUUUUAUUUAAGAUGAAGUUUGUAAUAAAAAAUAAAAACUAA